ACGCGGCCGACGACGAAACUCAGGUGUCGCCUGCGCGUCGCCCCGCCGGGUCCGCGGGCCGAAGCGGCGCCGCCGCCAUGGACAACGUGUGCCGCGAGUGCGAGGUGUCCUGCGAGGGCGAGGCGACGGUGGCCUGCGCCGGCCCCUGCGGCGCGACGUUCCACCGGGACUGCGUCGGCGAGACGGGCGCGUCGGCGCGGUGGACCUGCCCGAGCUGCGCCCUCAAGGUCGUGCGCUGCGCGCUCUGCGGCGAGUUCGAGCUCGAGGAGAGCGCGGACCGGUGCCUCACGGCGGGCUGCGCGCGCGCGGCGUGCUCGCGGUGCGCGCCCGCCGACGGCGCCUUCGACUGCGGCGGCCACGCGUGCGGCGCGUGCGGCGCGGCGCUGGGCCGGGGCGCGUCGACGGUCAAGUGCGUGCGCUGCCCCAAGGCCUUCUGCCGGGGCUGCCGGCCGGGCGCGUCCGUGCUCAUCACCGUCGAGGUCAUGAAGUGCGUCUCGCACGUAAAAGACGUGCUCCCCGUACUCGACAAGUCGCUGCUCGCGCGGCGGCGCACGGCGGCGAUCAUCGCCGUCGACGACGACGAGGGCGGCGACGGCAGCGACGACGACUACCGGCCCGGCGAGGCCGCGCGCGACGAGCUCCGGCGCGCGCGGAAGCGGCCGGCGCCGGACGCCGCGGACGUCGUCGACGUCGACGCCGAGGAACCGGAGGCCAACGGCUUCUCCGCCGAGGGCGUUGUGCCGCCGCCCGCGGCGGAGCCGGCCAUCCCGAAGAAGCGGCGCCGCGGCGGCGACGACGACCGGUCGCGGCGACCGGCGAACGGCGGAGGCUGCUUCCGCUGCGGCAUGCCGGGCCACAUCGCGCGCGACUGCCCCCAGCAGCGCGGCGGCGGCGCGCCGGGCGGAUCCGGCGGCAACUGCUUCCGCUGCGGCCAGCCGGGCCACCAGGCGCGCGAGUGCCCGAACGGCGACCGCUGCUUCCGCUGCGGCAUGGGCGGCCACCAGGCCCGCGACUGCCCCGGGGCCGCCGGCGGGCCGGGCUUCGGCGGCCCGCCGCCGCCGGGCUACGGCGCGCCGCCGGGCUUCGGCCCCGGCCCGCCGCCGGGCUUCGGCCCGGGCUUCGGCCCCGGCCCGGGCUUCGGCGCCGGCUUCGGCGGCGCCCCGGGCGGCAACUGCUUCCGCUGCGGCCAGCCGGGCCACCAGGCGCGCGAGUGCCCCAACGGCGACAAGUGCUUCCGCUGCGGCAUGGGCGGCCACCAGGCGCGCGACUGCCCCCAGGCCGCCGCCGGCGGCCCGGGCGGCCCGGGCUUCGGCGGCGGCGGCGGCAACUGCUACCGCUGCGGCAUGCCCGGCCACAUGGCGCGCGACUGCCCGCAGCCGCCCAAGGGCGGCGGCGGCCAGUUCGGCGGGACCUGCUACCGCUGCGGCCAGCCCGGGCACCAGGCGCGCGACUGCCCCGGCGCCGGCGCCGGCGCCGGCCAGUUCGCCGGCCCGCCGCCGCCCGGCGGCGCGCAGCCGCCGUGGCAGCCGCCGUAUCGACCGCCGGAGCCGGCCUACGAGGUCGUGCAGCCGCCGGCGGCCGCGCCCGCGGGCGGCUCGCUCGCGUCGCUCCUCGGGGGCGCGCUCGCGAGGCGCAACGCCGCGCCGGCGCCGCGGCAGGCGGCGCCGCCGCCGCAGGCGCCGCAGGCGCCGCCGCCGCCGGAGCCCGAGGACCCGGGCGCCGCGUUCCGCGUCCUCGAGAUGCUCGAGGCGCAGGGCCUCUGUUAGUACUGUGACGUCCCGCGACGCCGCGCGGAGGAACGGCGUGCGUCGUCGCGCCCCGGUUGUCGAGCUGCCCAGAGCUCGAGCGCGAGGCCCAGGGCGUCCGUCGCGGCGACGGCCCUUCCGAAGAAUGGCGAUGCGCUUCCCCCCCACUCCCCCGCCCCGUGUUCCCCAACCCCACGUAGAGUCACCUUCGUAAAAACGGCCUCCU